ACGUUAGCUAACACAUUGGUUUUGAUUUAGCGCUAGCUAUAAAAAGAUAAAUAAAAUGCUCGAAUACACGUGAACUUGGGUAGUGUUACGUUAAAAACUGACGCAACGUCCGGCUACUUUAUGGUGGUGUUAAGGGUUGUUGUUUUUCUCAGCAUUCCGAAGGUUCGUCUUUUGCAGCUGUCAAAAUUAGCAGUGUGUAGCAUGCCCUGUGAAGCAAAGCCUCGUUUUGUGGUACUCUACGGGUCUCAGAAGGGCCAAGCUGAGUCCCUCGCAGAGGGAAUAGCUGAGACGGCAGAAGAGCAUGGACUGGUUGCUGAGCUCAGUUGCUUGAAUCAGAAUGAGAAGUACAAUUUGGAGAAGGAGAAUGCCCCAGUGGUCUUUAUUGUGUCUACUACUGGAGAUGGGGAACCACCAGACAAUGCCCUCCAAUUUGUAAAGCGCAUCAAGAACAAGACUCUCUCCGCUGACCACUAUAAACACCUUUGCUAUGCACUUUUAGCUUUAGGAGACACAAAUUAUGCAAAUUUCUGCAACUGCGGGAAGACGAUUGAGCGUCGUCUACAGGAACUUGGAGCCAAACAAUUCUAUGCGACGGGAUAUGCAGAUGAUGGUGUAGGGCUGGAGUUGGUUGUGGACCCUUGGAUUGAAGGACUGUGGAAAGCAAUCAAAGAAGCCUUAUCAAAAAUGGCUUCCGAUAGGACUGGUUACUUGAAAGGAGAAGCAGGGGAUUCACCAAAGGAAACUCCCGAUUCAUCCAUACCAGAUGUUCAACUAAACCUCUUGAGCAUAACUGACCACCAGAGCUGCGAGUCGACCAGAGCAUCUGUUGAAACGGUCCCCAAAUUUGCAACUUCCGUUUCAUCUUCUGCUACACAAACUGCUGUUUCUGAUCUCAGGCCAGCUUUUCCUACAGGGAGCCCAGGUUUGGCAUCCAAGUCUCAUGGUACUGCCAGUGUUCCUACAUCAGCACAGGAGACACAGAUUGGGGACGCUGGAGUUCCCCAUGUUGCGUUGGCAGCUUCACUGACACGCUCCUUGACGCCACUGUCUGAGUCCUCUCUUAAUGUUCCUGCUCUGCCUCCUCCCUACCUCGAUGUCUCUCUGCAGGAGGUGGACGCUGUUGAACAGAGUGUUGGACCGUUAAACAAAGAGUCUCUCCAUGAGGUACCCAUAUCCAGGGCUGUUCAGCUGAGCAGAGGAGAUUCAGUAAAGACAGCCCUUCUGUUAGAGCUGGAUAUCUCCGCUUACCCGAUGAUGACCCAUCAGCCCGGGGAUUCGUUUGAUGUGUUCUGCCCAAACAGGGACACUGAGGUGGAGGACCUGCUCCACAGAUUGGGCCUUCAUGACCAGAGGAACCGCCGAGUGCAGGUUUCUCUGUGCAAAGACACUAAGAAAAAAGGUGCCCAGGUGCCAUCCUACAUUUCCCAGAACAUUUCUCUGCUGUACCUGCUCACAUGGUGUCUGGAGAUCAGAAGUGUUCCUAAGAAGGCAUUCCUCCGAGCGCUGGUGGAGCAUACGGGGGACAGCGUGCAGAGGAGGAGACUGCAGGAGCUCUGCAGUAAACAAGGCGCUGCAGACUACAACCUGUAUGUGAGAGACCCGAGCCUCAGCGUCUUGGAGCUUCUCACAGCCUUCACUUCCUGCUUGCCUCCUCUCAGCCUCCUAAUAGAGCAUUUGCCGAAACUGCAGCCAAGGCCUUAUUCAGCAGCCAGCUCCUGUCUGAGGUACCCAGGAAAGCUGCAUUUUGUCUUCAACGUGGUAGAGUUCCCAGCAUGCCCUGGGCGCCCUGCAGGGAGGCGAGGCUUGUGUACCGGUUGGCUGUUUGACCUCAUCAAUCCUGUCCUGGUUUUCCCUGAGAAGGCUGAAUCCUCCAGCAGCCCGGCUGUGCCAAAGAUCCAUGUGAGUUUGAGACCCAACUGCUCCUUCCGGCCUCCCUCUGACCUGUCAGCGCCCUUCAUUAUGGUUGGACCGGGGACAGGAGUUGCCCCAUUUAUUGGCUUCCUCCAGCAACGAGAAAAGGAGAGGAAGGAGAACCCAGAGGCCACGUUUGGCGAGACCUGGCUGUUCUUUGGUUGUCGCCACAGAGACAGAGACUACCUGUUUCGAGAGGAGCUGGAAGGCUUUGUGUCCAGUGGUACGCUGAGCCAACUUAAAGUGUGUUUCUCCAGAGAUGACCAGGAGGACGAGGCCACCGCCUCCGCUUCAGCACGACCCAAAUACGUGCAACACAACAUGCUGCUGAACAGGAAACACAUCACUGACAUCCUGCUCAAACAGAACGGUUACAUUUAUGUCUGCGGAGAUGCUAAGAACAUGGCUAAAGACGUGAACGACACCCUGCUGGAGAUGAUCAAAACAGAGCUUCAGGUGGACCAGCUGGAGGCCAUGAAGAGACUGGCAGGACUGAGAGAGGAGAAACGCUACUUGCAGGACAUCUGGGGCUGACAGAGGAUGACCAGAUAAGGGCAUUUUGCAGCAUCUACAGAGCCUUUUUACACCAUCAAAAAAGAAAAAAAAAGUCAGCAUGCUCAGCUGUAACCUCUAGAACCAUAAAGUUGUGGAUGCUGAAGCCCUGAGGUAGUUUACACCACCCAAUGCUACCAAGAUGGAAUAGGCCAUGCUGACCCGGGAAUAUCGGUUCACUACAUCAUCCUGGGCUUUGCUGUUUGAACAGAAAUGAUCUUGGUCAAGGCAAUAGUGCUGGAGAUUGGUCCUGCAGUGUGAAAAUGCUUUUAGUGUUGACAAGUCUCCUCCGUUCGUCCUGUCUGGGGAAAAGGCAUUUACUUCCGUCAGCUGUGAUGGAGGGAUUUUGAUGAGAGCGGGAGUGCUCCAACCUAGAUGGAAACAACACAGCAAUCUGUACUUCUUUAACAACACACACACAGAAAAUUGUUUAUCGUCAUUCAGGAGGCAACAAGUCAUUUUUUCUCAGUCUAUUUUUAUUUUUAGAAUGGGUCAAACCACCAUGGAUUACAUCUGAAUCAUAAUCAGUAGAAAAUCGUUCAUUUAAAAAAAAAAAAAAAAAAAAAUUUAAAAAUAUAUAUAUAUAUAUAUAUAUAUUUUA